GGGGGCGCGGGCGGGGGGCGCAGCCCCGGGCGCUCAGGGACUGUCCGCGGGCGGGGGCGCGGGCGGGGGGCGCAGCUCCGAGGCCCGGCGCUGGAAUGCACUUUUCUCCAGCCCCAGAGACUGUGCACGGGAGUGGAGAAUAGUUUGGGGUGGGGUUUCGCACCGUCUCCUCCCCCCGCCCCCUCUCCAGCCCGGAUCCCCUUCCAGGCGCGUUCGGAGAGCUCUCAGACCUGCGCCGGGAAGUUUGGAGAGCGGGGGGAGUCGUGCUGGGGGCUGGGACAAUGGAAGAACGAGAAAGCCGGGAAGGCGAGCCGAGCCCUCCUCGCUCAGCGGACGGCAGGCACACGCGGGAACAAGGAAAAAGCAAUCUGCAUGUAACGUCAUUAGAAGAUGCAGAAUGCCGGAGAACCAAGGAACGCCUUUCUAAUGGGAACAGUCGAGUGUCAGUUUCCAAGGCUUCCCGAAAUAUCCCAAGGAGACACACCCUAGGUGGGCCCCGAAGUUCCAAAGAAAUACUGGGAAUGCAAACAUCUGAGAUGGAUAGGAAGAGAGAAGCUUUCCUGGAACAUCUCAAGCAGAAAUACCCCCAUCAUGCCACAGCAAUCAUGGGCCACCAGGAGAGGCUGAGAGACCAGGCCUUGCAGUGCAUGCUGAUCUCUCUCCAGGCAGAACUUGACAUUCAAAGGUACUUGAUGAAAAUUGAAUCAUCUCAGCGAACAAGAAGCCCCAAACUGUCUCACAGUCCUCAGCCUCCCAGCCUGGGCGACCCGGUGGAGCAUUUAUCCGAGACUUCCGCUGACUCCCUGGAAGCCAUGUCUGAGAGCGAAGCCCCAAGUCCUUUCUCCAGAGGCAGCCGAACCAGAGCGAGCCUUCCGGUGGUGAGAUCGACCAACCAGACGAAAGAAAGAUCUCUGGGGGUUCUCUAUCUCCAGUAUGGAGACGAAACCAAGCAGCUCAGGAUGCCCAACGAGAUCACAAGCGCAGACACGAUCCGGGCCCUCUUCGUAAGUGCCUUCCCUCAGCAGCUCACCAUGAAAAUGCUGGAGUCGCCCAGUGUCGCCAUUUACAUCAAAGACGAAAGCAGAAACAUCUAUUACGAAUUAAAUGAUGUAAGGAACAUUCAGGACAGAUCGCUCCUCAAAGUGUACAACAAGGAUCCUGCACACGCAUUCAAUCACAUGCCAAAAACUGUGAACGGAGACAUGAGGAUGCAGAGAGAACUUGUUUAUGCAAGAGGAGACGGCCCUGCGGCCUCUCGACCAGGGUCCGCAGCUCACCCAGCUCAUGCCAUUCCAAACUCUCCGCCCUCCACUCCCGUGCCCCACUCCAUGCCUCCUUCCCCGUCCAGAAUCCCGUACGGGGGCGGCCGCCCCAUGAUGAUCCCGGGCAACGCCACCAUCCCCAGGGACCGACUCUCCAGCCUGCCCGUGUCCAGGUCCAUCUCGCCCAGCCCGAGCGCCAUCCUGGAGAGAAGGGACGUCAAGCCCGAUGAAGACAUGAGCGGCAAGAGCAUCGCGAUGUACCGCAACGAGGGUUUCUAUGCGGAUCCUUACCUGUACCACGAGGGGCGCAUGAGCAUCGCCUCCUCCCACGGCGGCGGCGCGCACCCGCUGGACGUGCCGGACCACAUCAUCGCCUACCACCGCACCGCCAUCCGCUCGGCCAGCGCCUACUGCAGCCCGGCCCUGCAGGCGGAGAUGCACCUGGAGCAGCAGUCCCUGUACCGACAGAAGUCCAGGAAGUAUCCGGACAGCCACUUACCCACGCUGGGCUCCAAGACGCCGCCCGCCUCUCCGCACCGUGUGCCCGACCUGCGGAUGGUGGACAUGCACGCGCAUCACAACGCGCACGGGCCGCCCCACACUCUGCAGCCCGAGCGGGCCUCGCCCAGCCGCCAGCCCUUCAAGAAGGAGCCGGGCACCCUGGUGUACAUUGAAAAGCCCCGGACCACGCCCGGGCUCUCCGGCCUCGUGGACCUGGGCCCUCCGCUAGUGGAGAAGCAGAUGUUUGCUUACAGCACCGCUACGAUCCCCAAAGACAGAGAGACCAGCGAGAAGAUGAUGAAAACAUCAGCUACUAAGACCCUCACAGAUAGUGCAGGAACUCCCCAUGUUUCUGGCGGGAAGACACUCGGUGCCCUGGAGUCCCUGGGGCCACCCAGCCAGCCUCUGGCCGCUGGCACCUCGGCCCUGCACCUGAGCCUGCUCGACAUGAAGCGGAAUGUGGCCGAGCUCCGGCUCCAGCUGCAGCAGAUGCGACAGCUCCAGCUGCAGAACCAGGAGCUGCUGAGGGCCAUGAUGAAGAAGGCUGAGCUGGAAAUCAGCGGCAGGGUGAGUGAAAUGAUGAAGAGGCUGGAGGACCCUGUGCAGCGCCAGCGCGUGCUGGUGGAGCAAGAGAGACAGAAGUACCUGCAUGAAGAGGAGAAGAUCGUCAAGAAGUUAUGUGAGCUGGAGGACCUGGUGAAAGACCUGAAGAAGGACUCUGCAUCAGCCAGCCGAAUGGUCACCUUAAAAGACGUGGAAGAUGGGGCGUUCCUCCUGCGACAAGUGGGGGAAGCGGUAGCUUCCCUGAAAGGAGAGUUCCCGACCUUACAGAACAAGAUGCGAGCCAUCCUGCGGGUGGAGGUGGAGGCCGUGCGCUUCCUGAAGGAGGAGCCGCACCGGCUGGACUGCCUCCUGCAGAGAGUGCGGAGCAUGACCGACACCCUGACCCUGCUGCGGAGACAUGUCACCGAUGGGCUCUUGAAAGGGACAGAUGCAGCCGAGGCCGCACAGUAUGUGGCCAUGGAGAAGGCCACCGCCGCAGAAGUCCUGGCGUCCCAGCCCCUCCACGGCGCAGCAGUCCCUCGAGACGUGAAGUCGGAAGUGGUGCCCUUGACGGUUCACCAUGUACAGAGCUCUCCUGUGGUCACCCAGCCCUCCCAGCUCUCCUCCGCCCCACCCAACCCUGCCCAGCACCCGACCAGCCCUUCGGCUGUCACACAGGAAGUGGCCUCAGCUUCCCAGUCAUCACAGGCAACUCAGUCCCCGCAGGCGCCCAUGAAUGGCUCCUCCAUGCAGAACUUGUUCAUUGAGGAAAUCCACAGUGUGAGUGCCAGGAACAGGGCGGUGUCUAUUGAGCAAGCAGAAAGGAAGUGGGAAGAGAAAAGACAAAACCUGGACCACUAUAAUGGGAAGGAGUUUGAGAAGCUCCUGGAAGAAGCUCAGGCCAAUAUCAUGAAGUCAAUUCCAAACCUAGAGAUGCCCCUGAAGCCCAAGGGUGACGCCCCCGGAGACAGGCUGGAGCUCUCCGAAGACUCUCCAAGCUCCGAGCAGGACUUGGACAGGUUGGGGGGCAGGUCCCCACCUCCUCCUCCCCCGCCCCCGAGACGGAGCUAUCUGCCAGGAUCCGGGCUCACCACCACCAGGACUGGCGAAGUGGUCUACCCCAGCAGGAAGGAGAACACCAUCACUAAGGUAAGCAGUGAAGAUGCCGGACCAAGCCUGCAGGCUAGAGCCACAAAGUGCCCAGCAGAGGAGCCUGCUUCAUCAUGGACUCCAUCCCCAACACCAGUCACUACCUGCUCCUCAAAGGACGAGGAAGAGGAAGAAGAAGGAGACAAAAUCAUGGCAGAACUCCAGGCAUUCCAGAAGUGUUCCUUUAUGGAUGUAAAUUCAAACAGUCACGCUGAGCAGUCCCGGGCUGACAGUCACGCUAAAGACACUAGGCCGGGGGCCACAGUCUCACCCAAGGAGAAGAAGAAUUUGGAAUUUUUCCACGAAGACGUACGGAAAUCUGAUGUUGAAUAUGAAAAUGGCCCCCAAAUGGAAUCCCAAAAGGUCACCUCGGGGGCUCCUACACCUAGUGACCACCCUAAGUGGGAAAGAGGAGUGGAGAAUAGUAUUUCUCAAGAACAUCAGAAUAUAAAACUGACAUCAAGAACAUCAGAUAUUCUUGAUGCCUCAAGAACAUCCGAAUAUAAAACUGACAUCUUAAUGAAGGAAAAUUCCAUACCCAAUAAGAGUUUACUUAGAGACAGUAGAAACUAUUCCCAGAAAAAUGUGGCUAAGGUCAGUUCCAAUUUCCCUGGCACCAAUUUGUUAGGAGAUGAAAUAAGCAAAGGGCCUAAAACCUCAGGGCUGCAGGGCCCUCCAUCUGACCCUGAGAACCAGAAGAUGAAUUAUGGGAAGACAAAAGAGAUGGCUCAACAAGGUCAAGAAAAUGCGGAUAGAUGUCACUUCCUCUCGCCCACUAGGUCUACUGAAUUGAGUAUUUGUGAUGUCCAAACUCAAGAUCAAGAGGUUCCUGUGACAGAGUUCGGCCAAGUCGUGCUAAGACCCAAGGGGGGUUGGCAUGCGAAUAACGGAAAGCCUAAUGAGGACAGAGAAUCAACCCCGAGUUCUCCCACCGAGGAAAGUGGGCCCACAGACAACAUCGCCUUCAUGAUCACCAGGACUGCGGUCCAGGUUCUCUCCAGCGGGGAGGUCCGCGAGAUAGUGAGCAAGAAGGGAGAAGAUGUGCAGACAGUGAACAUUGAUGCCAAAAAAGAGAUGACUUCCCAACAAGAAGGGACUGAAAAUGAAGAGCCAGUCGUGUGCCUAGACAAGAAACCAGUCAUCAUCAUUUUUGACGAACCCAUGGACAUCCGAUCUGCGUAUAAGAGACUUUCAACCAUAUUUGAGGAGUGCGAUGAGGAAUUAGAGAGAAUGAUGACAGAGGAAAAGAUAGAAGAGGAGGAAGAGGAGGAAAAUGGAGAUGCUGUGGUCCAGAAUGACACUUCCCAAAAGUUCCAUAAGGCCGUGUCAGGCCCCGGCUCAGGACUACAGGCCGAGAGCCGGUUGCAGCCACGCUCCCUCUCUGGAGACACCGGAGUGUCAGGAGGACAGGGAGUGAAUAAGGCCGAGCUGGCCACGAGCGGCGGAGCAGACUCUCCAGGUUCAGAAAGCAAGUGUGAUGGGGCAUACGACCAGUCAGAGAGUCCCAAGAAAAAGUUCAAGUUCAAAUUCCCUAAAAAGCAACUCGCCGCCCUCACGCAGGCAAUCCGCACAGGAACCAAGACGGGGAAGAAGACCUUGCAGGUAGUGGUCUACGAAGAGGAGGAAGAGGACGGCACUCUGAAGCAGCACAAAGAAGCCAAGCGGUUUGAAAUCCCUCAGUCUUCUCCGCCCGAAGACGCCCCCCAACACAAGCUCCGGAGACAAGGGCAGCCCGGGCUGGAGAGCACGUCCUCCCUCUCCAGGACAGACGAGAUCAGGAAUAACACCUACAGGACCCUGGACAGCCUGGAGCAGACCAUCAAGCAGCUGGAAAACACCAUCAGUGAAAUGAGUCCGAAAGCCCUCACGGACACCUCGUGUUCUCCUGGCAGAGAUUCUGCUGCAAGCUCAUCCCACAUAGCCCGGGAGGCCUCCUCUCCCCGAGCCUUGCUAGUCCUGGAAGAACCUCCCACUGCCCUAGAGCCCCCCUCAUCCAUCCCUUCAGCUUCACGUAAGGCCCCCAGUGGGACCCCGCAGACCAGCAGGAUGCCCGUGCCCAUGAGCAACAAGAGUAGACCCGGCAGCCUGGACAAGCCCGGCAAGCAGACCAAACUGCAGGAUCCCCGCCAAUACCGUCAGGCUAAUGGAAGUGCUAAGAAAGCUGGUGGGGACUGUAAGCCUGCUUUCCCCUCCUUACCUGCCUCUAAGAUUCCAGCCCUUUCUCCCAGCUCUGGGAAAAGCGGCUCUCUGCCCUCUUCUAGCGGUGACAGCUCUAACCUCCCUAACCCAGCUGCUUCUAAACCACUGGUUACUUCUAACCCUCUCAGCCCCCAAACAGGACGAUCCGCCUCCUCCGCCUCCCUCAUCCCCUCUGUCUCUAAUGGCUCCUUGAAGUUUCAGAGCCCCACUCACACAGGUAAAGGUCACCAUCUUUCAUUCUCACUGCAGACUCCCAGGCCGAGCAGCCCCACCCUCCUGCUCCUCCUCCCCCCCCUCCCCCGCCUCCCCCACUUCACUGAACCAAGGUGCCCGGAGCAUCAGGACCAUCCAUACCCCCAGCCUCACCAGCUACAAGGCACAGAACGGAAGCUCCAGCAAAGCCACCCCGUCCACAGCAAAGGAAACCUCUUAAAGGCCACAUCCUAUAGGCACAAGCUGGAGUCACAUUUAAAAAUUUAGGGGGGAAAUUGUAUCAGUCUUCUAACAACUGUUUUCAUAAGAGAAUGUAACAUAUUGCUGUGCUGUUUGGGGAUGAGUAGAUUUCAGUAAAGCUUGUUGGGUUUGGUUUUGUCUUUUUAGUUGUUGCUCUUGUAAUUACAUAGUGUUAACUGUCUGUAUUCAACACCUGUUAAAUGAAGCAAGCACGUGUUACAGGAAGAGAGUAUGGCGAGAGAGAAGGGUGUAUGUGAGACAGGAAAAGAAAAAUGUAUUCAGCAUGUAAAACAUGUAUGAUUCCAGAAUUUUAGUAUGUUUUGUAUAAAAAUAUUUUUCAUUACGGAGACUAGAAGUGAACAGAGAAAUACUCAAGUGUGACUAUACAAAUUGUAAAAGAGAUACUACAAUAUUUCCUUUUAUUUUAGUGUUAUUUAGCUUUAUUACAGAUUUCUAUUUUUGUCAAAACUCCAUGGUUCCUUUCAAGAUCUUUUUUGCCAAAAACAUUUUGAUACUAGAGCAUUGUACAUUUGAAAGUAGUGUCUAGACAACAGGCCAACCCAGGGUCAUAUGUAGAAAGCAAUUUAUCAAACCAAUUGCACUGCCAUGAAAAUGAUGUAUAAUAAUUUGCCAGCCCAAGCAAGCUAGCUUUAUUUGCAUUGCUUUCUUCUUCUUCUUCUUCAUUUUUUUUUUAAACAUAUUGGGAUUCUCUAGUUGUUUUCUUUGCAGUAUCUAACCCGUUCCUUUGUUUUUUGAGACCUGAAAACCCACACUAUUACAGUAGGUUGUGGAUUUUAAAGUGUAACUUCUGUACUGUUCUGUACACUGAUAAACCUUUGUAAAUAUAUAAAUAGACAUAAAAACACUAUAUGUGACAGCACAUAGAGUAGUUUUCCCACACCAAAGUUAAUUUUUAUGCAUGCUUUAAAAAUAUAUACUGGGAUGGGCAGAAAUUGGAUUCUCCAUACAUUUUUAAAAAGUAACAAGUUUGCACAGUUAGAGUGUUUUUGUAAAUAACUGUAUUUGUAUAACACAGUCAUGUAAUAUACAGAACUAUAAGCAGAGACUUUGCAAAACUAAUAAAGGGCUGCAUGCUUCUUAUUUUUUGUACCUUGUUACUAUAGCUGCGUCCUUGGCAGAGAAUGAGACGGAACUAUUGCCAAGGGAAUGGGGUGGGCGUUAGGGCGUCAUCAGUGCCGUGGAACCAGCUUCAAACCUGUGUUCCGAAAGCUCUGGGGAGACUCACGGUGAGCUCUCGGGAGCUCACUGCGAGUGCGGUGCCUUCCGGCAUGAUCUGCUGACGCUCUUCUCGGAGGCUCGCCACUGUUUGGCUGACGGGAGCAAACCCGGGCACAGAGCCUCCGCCUGCACUUCCAGAGAGGUCCUUUCGACCGGCUUUUUCCUGUUUGAAUUCCAGGAGAAGGAAGCUGAAAUAAAAUGUCAUUAUCACUA